AUGCAUGGGCCUGGGUGUGCGUCUUCCUCCCGCUGGGUGAGCCCCAGGAGGGCCCGGAUCCUGGCCCCGCUCCAUGCUGGCCGACUGCACCUGCUCGCCCGCCCGAGGAGGACGGGGCGCAGCCGGCUCCGACGACGCCGUGGUCGCUCCCUCUCCCGUCACCCGGGCCGUCCUGCCGCCGGCUACGGCCCGGGGGCUGCCCUGCGCGCCAGCCGCACCUGCGGGACGAGCUCCGUGCCCACCGCGACGCCCUGCUCCGGCCGCUGCCUCUGUUGGCUGUGGAGUCGCUUGUCUGGUGUUAACAGACGACCAGACUGUUUGACUCGGUGUGCGCAGGAGAACCGGCCCCCGCGGACUGGUCAGCGUGUCGUGGCGCCCGUGGGAGCUUCCCGAGCACCCCCCAUGCUGCCGCCCCCUGUCGGUGGCCGCCUGGGCCAGGUGGUGCCCAGGGGUCUCCCAGGAGCCCACGCCCCGGCUUGUCAGCUCAGGGCUCAUUGGCCUCCGGGGAGGAGCCGCGUCCCUCUCAUGCUGGCGGCUGCAGCCCCUUCUGGCCUGCGGUCCCGGCCCGUCUGGGCGGCGAGGGUGGAGCCCGCCUCUGCCCGGCCUUUGCUGUCCAGUCUGCGUGUGUCUCGCCAGGGCAGCAGCGGCCAGUCUGGGACGGAGCCUGCCGUCUCGCUGCUUCGCCCGGGGACAGCGGCCGUGGGGCCCAGGCCUUGGCUGCUGAGCCUUGGCCGCUGCCCCCUCCACGGCGGGGUUUCCCGGCUCUUCGGGAACCGUCGGGAGUGGGCGGCGCGGCGCCUUCCCUUCGGCUUCCGAGGCGGCUCCAACCGCGCCGCGGGGCCGCGCUCCUCGGACUCCAGGUCCACGCUCCGGAGGAAGGCCGUGGGCGGCCUGCGACGCGGCCACGUCGGCUCAGCGGGAGGGCCCCGGCUGCAGGCGUUCUGGGAAGGGGCGCUUCUACCCUAUUGGCCAGGAGCUGCCGAUGGGGACCUGCUGGAACGCAAGGCUGAAACGGCCGUGCCGAGGUCGGCCGCUGGACGCCCCAGGCUCCUCCAGGCAGCCCCGGGCAGGCCCCUGAAGACGCUUCCUGCAGAGCCUGCCCCAUCCUCAGGCCUGGCCCGGGUAGACGGCAGCCACACUCAGACCAUGAAUGGGCCCUCCCGGGCAGCAGCCUCGCCCAAAAACCCGGGGGUGACCUGGAACGAGCCCCUGGCCCUCCCCCGCUGGCGCGCGCCGGUGUCCACCCUGGACAGAGCUCCGGCGACGUCGAGUCCCCCCAAACCCGCUGGGGCUCGCUUCCCGGCCAAGGCCACGCUGGCUGGGUGCCCUCGGGAAGCCGAGUUUGGGGCCGUCGGGGGCAUCCCGAGCGCCCCGGCCCCACAGGCUGCUGACCGUCGAGGGGGUGGAAGCCGCCAAACCCGUUUAGCGGCAGGCGGCUCUGUGGUCGCCAGGGCUGUCACGGCCCGAGGGUGCCGGCCGUUGCUUUGUGCCCGGGACUGCAGGAGACACUCCUGUAGCUCAGAGGUGCUGGUUCCGGGGGACGUUCCCGGCGCUUUUGGAGACGUGUCCCCGCGGCCUCCAGGGGUCGGCACUUUCCGGCACGUGCCGGAGCGUCUGCUGCUCGUCUCCGUCCCUGUGUGGGGCGAGCGGCUCGUGGCCCAGGGGCGGACAUGA